GGAUACUGAUAAUUACUGAAGUUCAUUGAGCUUAUAUAAUCAUAACGCUAUGUCUUAAAGAUCCCCUAUAUGAAUUGGGAUACUUAUCAACGAGUUUCCACACGACACAUGUUGUAUAAACAAGCAAUUUCUUCUUCACGUUAUCAGCCGGAUAUUGAAAUAUCAGACGAGGUAUUCUACAGCGGAAUAGAACGAUACCUAGCGGCGAACCUCUACAGGGAUAAGCUUCCAACGCAUCCGAGAAGGACUCUUGACCAGUCCUACUAUUUCUCAUUAGAUGAUACCUCUAAAAGAGAUGCAGAUCAGACGAUCUCAAAAUGGACAGGGCAUGAGCUGCCACCGGAUGGAAGGGACAGUGCUGCACCAGACAGCUUAAUGAUCAUGGUUGAUCAGCUUUGGUGCUGGGUUCUCAACGACAGAGUGGUUGUCUCUUGCUUUCCUUCUGGGACUUCAGAAUCCUGUGCUCUAGACUUUACGGGCCUCUACAGUCGGAUGACAAAAAGCUGGAAUGAAUGCGAUUCCAUUUGGAGCCUAUACUCAACACUUGUCAAAGAAGCUACAACUCACAUAUUUCAGCAAGAAAAUAAAAAGUUUCUCGAUCUAGUGGAAACAUAUCGAUGGGUAGUUAGCAAAAAGGCUGCGAACCAGAUAAAUCAUUUCAAUGACUUCCAUGAUACCCACUCUUCAUCUAGGUUUGAUGCAGAAGCGCUCGAUGACCGUCAGGAACUGAGAUCAGUGCUCGAUGUGGCAGAUAUAUUAGAUGAGCUGAAAAUGAUACAAAGCCUUAUUUACGAGCAACGAGAGGUAAUAAAGUCGUUUGCAAUAGCCCUGACAAAGUUUCAGCCUUCGCAGGGGAGUCCAGAUCAAGAUGUCAACAAUGUGCUAAGAGCAGAGCGCAUCACUGCUUCACAUGAUUCAAAGGUGUAUAUUUUCCAGGUCAUAAAUCAAGAUAACAGCCGAUUGGGAGAUACUAUCAAACUGAUUGCACAACGUAUCUCAGAGCCGAUGCGGACUAUGAUUGUGGCGACUGAUGAGAUUCUCGAUUCAAUCUAUAACCAAAUAGAAGCCGUCAGGAAAGACGCAGAAUACACACACCAACAGCUUCUGAACUUGCUCGACUUGAAACAGAAGACUGCCGCACUCGCGGAAGCUCGGGCGACUACUCAACAGGGGCGAGCUAUUAUGCUGUUUACUAUUGUCACAAUCAUUUUUCUUCCCUUGUCAUUUUUCACUUCUUACUUUGGCCAAAACGUAUCCGAUAUUACCGGAGAUGAUGAUAACCCCACUAGCUUAGAGCUGUGGCGAUAUGGAGCUCCUAUCAGUGUUGCGAUUAUAUUAUUGGCUUUAGCCAUUGCUGGUGCUAUCGCUUGGCCACAUAGGUUUCUCUGGCUGCGGUUUGGGAUGCGGGCCUAGUCAUCGUCGUCGUAGUUGCCAACAAGUAUUGAGCAAUUGAGAUCGAUACGGUACCUAGGUAGAUGGCAGUGCCGCGUUCUGCACACUAGGUUGGUCCUUGGUACGCAUUCUGGCAUGGGAAGAAAUGGCUGGGGACCGAAAUGUGCCGCCUAUUCUGCGACCUGUGUCAACUAUACUGCAUGCUGACAACGUGCCUGUUGCCGCAAUUAGUAUCAUUCAUCAAUACCCCAGAUUGGCAUUUCAAGCCAAGAGCUCGGGUAAUAAUGGUGGGCCCUAUGCCGUGCUUAAUCCCGAGACCCCCACGGAAGCCUAUUAAAGGGCGACUCUGGGCGACUGAG